CCAAAAGUACCGAGAGCUGAGUUUGAGCGAAAUAAUCGGACUUUGCGUAGUCUAAGGUGCGGACGCGGCGCUUCCUGGUGAGAAUAACGAAGAGUAAAAGGGAAGUCCUAAAAUCUGCAGAGAGACGAGCUGUCACACCGAGGAGAACCAACAUGAGCAAACUGGGGCAAGAAGAGGUGGAGAAGCAUUAUGACCCACUAGAUAAAACCCUGACGUUUGUUGACAGAAAGGAUGACCUGGAUCCACUGUUUUCAGAGGAUGGCGAUGGCGUUCUCAAAGCACAGAUGUCCUGCGGCCACGCCGUCACCCCCGAGUCUCUAACACAGUGGUGUCGCAGUCAGCUGGAUGAGGGGAAUUACAGAUUCCGAUGCCCUGCAGUGGUGGAGGGAACCAAACUGUGCAAUAAACAGUGGCCGUACCAAGAAGUGCGCAGACUGGCUGAUUUGUCUGUUGAGGAAAUGCAGCACUUUGAAGAUACCGUGGCCCGCCUGGCUGCUGCAGAAUACUGUGAGAUUCAGCCGGUAAGUGGUCCGUGCCCACAGUGCAAAACAAAUGUGGAGAGGAAGGAUCUCUCCAACCUGUGUGUGAAGUGCACCAUAUGCACAGCUGAUCAGAAGAAGACCUGCCAGUUCUGCUGGCAGUGUCAUAAGCCGUGGAAAGGUAAAGGCCCUCGAUCUGACCGCUGCGACAACGACGGCUGUAUCAACCGGGACCUGGAGCUUCUACAGACCUGUAAAACCAUCAUCCUGCCUGAGGUGGAGGGCGUCACCAGCUGCCCCUCUGUCCGAGUCUGUCCCACAUGUGGCAUGAAGGUGGAGCAUAGCCAGCAAUACUGCAAAAAUAUCACCUGUCCUCGCUGCCAGGUGGAGUUCUGUUUUGUCUGCCUGAAACUAAAGCGUGAAUGCUCCAAGACCAGUUCACCAUACAAAAUCUGUCCUAGUGGUGUGGCCCCUAGACAGACCUCUAUCCCGGUAUGGAACAGAAAAUAAAAAAAAAGAUAUAUAUAUAUCAUAUAUAUUUAUAUCUAUAUUGAUAUAGAUAUAGAUAGAUAGAGAGAUGAAAACUAAUGAAAGAAAUCAACAAUAAGAAAAUCUAAAUCUAAAUACACAUUUACUUGUGGUCCUACUCUGCCUCCCUGUGGUCAAUCUGGAAGGUCUGGUUUUAUUGUUCUCUGGGUGCAAAUCACCAUGUGUUGAUAACUUUAUUGUAAAUUCUGUCUGUGUGACAUGAUAUUUUUUAAUUGAAAAAAGUUUGUUUAGAUUUCAGAACCUGUUUAGAAAUCUUUUUAUUACUCACUAUAUUUAUUACCAGCGCAGAGCAGGUCGCGUUUUCACCCGUGUCUCUUUGUUGGUUGGUCGUUUGUUUGUCAGCAGGAUUAUGCAAAAUGUUCUGAAUCCAUUUGCACUGAACUUGGUGGAGGAGUGUGAUAUGGGACAUGGAAGAACCUAUUAAACUUUGGGUCAGAUCUGGA